UUAAAAGGUUGAUAAGUUAAAUGGAGGCAUGGUCAUAUAAGAAGAUCCAUUAGGAGCUCUGCAGAUUUUAUCACUUUUCUCUCUUGCAUUUAGCAUUAACACAGCUUUGAAUGCUUGUUGGAUGAACCAUUAAUUCUAGAAGCAGAAUAUUAAAUAAAAUGCUUUUUAGCAAUUGAGGAGCUACAGGGGCGAGGGGAACACCUCCUCUUCUCGGUAGAAACAAUAUUGAAUCAGUCUGAGUUAAUAUUUUGGGAACCUAUUUUUGUGAAGUUGUUCUAUGAUUUUGAAGCUGCCUUUACGUAACAAAAAAUAUGUCACGGGCGAUGCAAGAAUGAAUUAGGCGUUCCUAUGUUGGUAAAACGGCGUUUUCUGGCUGUUGAAAGAGUGCGAUUGGAAUAUUUUCAGUGAGCUUGGAACAUUGGAAUAAUUUAUUAAAUUCAGAGGUAACGAUAUAUGCGACUGAUAGCGGUUGCUUUUUGACAAAUCCACUCAGCAUAAAAUUAUUCUAAACAAUAACUAAGCAUGCUCGCAAUAAAUUUUGUUAUAUGUUUCUAACAUACAUAAUUUUACAGACAACACGUAUAAAGUACAUACAUCAUAUUUUCUGUGUUUUGCACAUACUUGAAAUCAAGCUUCAAGGGUGUUCAACUUGAAAAGCCAUUCUUUGAAAUUAUCAGAAAAGAAUGCCUGUUAAAGAGCCUCUUAAAGUGUUUUUGCUUUGUCCAUUGUUUGCCCUCAAGACUCUAUAAUGACAAACUGUGUCCUUGUCUUUGUUUUCUGUUCUUUUUCAUUGCAUUUAGAAUUAUCUCCUCAUAAGUUUCUUGCCAAUGAUAAUAUCACUUAUGUAUUAAGUUUAUAAUUGAAUAUAUUCAUACAAAAAGGCUGCUUAAACCCAAAUUCUGAAAGAUUUUCAUUUAUUUUCUUUCUAAAAUCAUUUCAUGUCCCAAAUAAGUUUAUAUUUGAAUAUAUUCAUACAAAAAGGCUGCUUAAACCCAAAUACUAAAAGAUUUUCAUUUAUUUUCUUUGUAAAAUCAAUUCAUGUUCCAAAUCUAUAAUUUAACAUAUCACCAUGCUACUCAGGCUGUUUAAAGUCAGAAAAGACCAGGUAGAUUCAUCUGUAUAUGUUACGCACUAUGCUGCACAUGAAUAAAUUCACAAUUUCAUGAUUACAAUUUGGAGGAAAUUUAAAACACUCCUUCGGCACAAAAUUAGUAGCAAAUGUUUGCUUCUUUAUCGACACCACCAUUACAAUUAAAGUAACAUGCUACAGACAUUAAAAAAGAACCUACUGAUAAGUUUCAGUUGUUAGGAAUAGCUAUGCAAAUAGAAAUUCGGAGUGGAAUCUGGAGAGAAAGUAAAAAGUUCAAUUUCACUUCGACUUUGAUUUUGCCCGAUUAGCCUGAUGAUAAACAAACACAGCAGCAAGAAACGUUUCUAAUUAUAUUCAUCAUUAUGGAUCCAUUUGAGGGAUUCAUUCUUCAAUCGUUAGAAUUUGAAUAGUAGACUUAAAUUAAUAAUCACAAUAUAACUAAAAUAACCAAAGAUAGCCAAAAUGGUAAUUUUAAACGAUCAUUAACCACCAUAAAGCCAAUUAGAUAACCACUAACCCUAAUCUCAUGAAUCUGCUACCAGUAUUACUUUAAAUUGCGAUUGUAUCAAUUCACUAUGAUUCGGUUUUUGUUCGACAAAUGACCUGCAAUUCCAGUGUGCAUCAAUUACUGAUAAAUGCAUCGAAAAAUGUUGAAAAAGUCUAAUGCAAUGAUAGCUUUAAUACUUGUUUCUUGAAUCAUGCCGUAAUAGUAAGCUGUGUUGAGUUGUUAUAAACAUGUUUGAUUUUCGCUUCAUCAUGCAUCAUUUAUGGUUUUGAUAUAAGUUAAGCUUAAGCUCAAUAAACUCAUAUCUUAAAUUUUACAAUUUUGUCACAAUUAUUCAUUAUAUCAUUUAAUCAAUAUUUCAACGUGAAAGUGGUUAAAAGCAAAUUAAAAUAUAACACAUAAACUACUGGUGGUCUAGGGUGUAAAAGACUCUUUAAAUGGAAUAUCAUACUGUAUUCUCAACUGUCUUGUCACAAUAAAGGCUUGGCACAAUAUACUGAUCAUACAAACAGUUGAUGCUGUACGUUUAGAAUUGAGAAACCGAAUUAUGGAGUGCAAUUUGGAACAUGUAACAAAGACCUAUUGUUUAACCCAACCAAUAAGAAUUAAAUUAUCACCGAGAUUCAUGGAGACAUGAGGUUCUUAAUUCAUCGUCUGAAAAAGAACCAUUUUUAGAGGUCCCUGUAAGAGAAAAAUAAUCUCGUCCACAAACAGCAUUUUACUUGAGUAUUUGCCUUAUCUUUGACAGGAACAUGUGUAAGCUAUAAGAUACCUAACUAUCAACAAUAAUCCGAACAACCAGUUAGCUUUAUUCUGAAUCUUGUGGACUGAAUAGUGCCCACCGAAAGAAUUUGAUAGCCUUGGGACCAUAAUAAAUUCACAUAGAUACAGAGCUGCAGACCGCGUAAAAUAGCUUCGGUCGCUCUCCAGCCAUUACCAGGACCAGAAAACAUACUGUAGUUGAUAUCAGGACUAACGAGUCAGUUUACGUCCAGGAGUGAAUUGAGAAAAUUGCCAAAACAAAUGAAAACAAUGAUGCGUGAUUACUUUCAGGACCUUUUCUUGCUCCAGUGCUAUUUAAUCGCUGUAAAACAUCACAAAAAAUUGAAAUUGAACUUAUGGCUAGCAUUUUUAGCUACAUUGAUAACAAAAUUCAUUGUUUGCAGAAUAUGUAACAAUAUAAACAUUUUGUUGGUAUACUUUUUAUACCUAAUUGAAUAAUUUUAUAAAAAAAUAAAGAAUAAUUUGGUGCUUAGGUCAGUUACAGCUUUAGAUGAGUCAAACUAGCAUUGCGUAAUUUAAUAGCAAGUAAACUGUGAUAGUUCUGAAACAUCUGAAAGAAGUGUUCUCGUUAUAAUGAAUAAAAUGAAUUUAAAGAAGUUGACAGAGAUCCAUUUUCUCAUUAUCAUUCAUAACGAACAAGGAAUCUUAAAAGUUGACAUAAACAUAAACAUAAACAAAUAAACACGAAAGCAAACAUUAAAGUAAACAUAAAUAAAUGUAAGAAUUUUGCACCAGCUGGAGAUAAAUAAAAUCUAAUACUGCAUUUCUUACCUUUGUUUCAAAAUUUACUUUUCUGUUGUAGCACCUGUCCUUUGCCCACCUUGUGCACAAUUAAGUUCAAAACUUGAUGCAGAUUUAGCAUUAGUUUUUCUAUAAACAACACACGGGAAGAAACAUAUCCUUUCAAAAUUGAUUUGUGGACUUGUUAUGUCGGUAAUCUUUAAUUUUUGAAGUUUUGCCAGAAAGUCAGUAGGGACACAAAAGCCUCUCCUGCGUUGUUUUUAAUUAAUUUUUUGAAUACAUUUAAACAAGCAAAUAUAGUGAAUCAACAAAGAAAAUUAUUUUUUAUUUAAUAAUAGAAAAUUUGUGAAAGAUCCCGUGGCUUCUAUACUGAUUAGCUCUUAUGCGCUUCAAAGUUUAAUGAAGAUUUACAAUUCAACAAAAGAACAUUGUCGGCGGCAAAGUUUCAAUAAUUUCUUAAUUUCAAGUCUUAACAUUUUAUUAAGUGUUUUUUAGUAAUUGAAAGAAACGGCUGCUAGUCUUUGGCCUACCAGACAUGAUAAUUUAUAAUUAACCAGACAUCAUAAGCUUUUAUAAAAUAUAAAAAGCUAUUUAUAAUAUUUGAUCCCAUCUAUGAGAAACUAAAUGCAAAACUGGUCUUCAAGAUUUAUUUAUCUUGAUGAGCGAAAUUGAUCCCCAAAAAGAUCUUCUGAGGUAUUUUGAUUAUAUGAUUAAAGUAUAGAAGAAACUACUUGUCUUCAAAGUUUGAUUUUUCAUCCUUCCCUCUAUCUAUCUAAAAGACGCUCUCAAAAGGCUGGGUAGAUGCUAGAAUAUCAAUGGAAAAAUUUAGAAGUCGAUUCAUUACUUUUAGCUCUUUGUAAAACAAAAAAGACAGAAAACCUGUUGUAAAUUUGAAAUUGGUUGUCAAAAUCUUGUGUUUUCUUAUCAACGGCUAUUCAGUCGUGUUUAUGAUUUAGAAACAAAGAUUCGUCGUCGGAGCAGGGCACCGAUUUUACGCCAAUGUAAUGAAUGUCAUCCAAGGGAUAAUCAUUAAAUAUUUCGUAAAGCAAUACCAUUCAGAAACUGUGAAUAUUUGGGCCAAAACCAUACUCCAUUUGAAAAGGAGUCAUAACUCAAUGACAGGUUUCACCAAAUUCCACUAUUUUAUAUCUCUACAAACAUAGAUAGGAAGCAAUACUAAAGUUAUAUUGAUUCAGACUUUCUGUGUUAUUUUUUUUCCUAUUUCAGAUUCUUGCGAUGGCUAGCAUCAUUAAAUAUAGCGUUGAUUUCUAGACAAUUCCGGUGGCAAUUCAUGAAUAGUUUGACUGUGCCAAUACUGCAACCACCUUCAAUUCAAUACUAAUUAAAAAUUAAAGCCAUUCAACUUGCAUUUGCUUAUAGUCACAUUUUGCGAUAAAUGGCAGCGUAUUAAGUAAUUUAGAAAAUUUUCCAAUACAUGAUAGCAUUUAUGAUUGCGAACACGCACAUAGAAGUGCUGUCACUUGACAUUUAACAGAGUAAAAACAUCAACAUUUUGGUCAAAUGUGGAAUAUUUAGUUUUUUUUUAAUCGUGGGUCAAAACAAUGGCUUUGUAUUGUAAAAGCAACCUAUCAUCAUUAAGAAUGAUAUAUAAACAAUAGUUUUAUGAUUCCAAAUUCAAAAAAUACAACAAGCGCAUUUAAUUAGGAAAUCUUCAAUAAAAAACACUCUCAACCUUAAGAAACUGCUCAAAAAUGAAAAAUUCUAUGCAAAAUUUGGAUUAAAAUGAUUUUUUUUGACAAUUAGGUAUUUAUUUCAAGCUUAUCUAACGCGCAUUACCGAAAUAAGUACUCUUUGCAACCGAUUAGGUUUUUAUGUUAUUUUAUGCUAAGUUUUUGUGUGUUAUUUCUAUUUCCAAAUAGUGGUUCUGAAGCAAUUGACAUUUGGGAAGGUUUUAAGAAAUUGACCAGUCCUAAUAUCAACAUAAUUAGGAGGCUGCGUAGUUUGAAAAAGUACGUUCAUACUCUUUGCUUUAUAAGAUUUAAAAGUUCACUCUUUGUGUAGCAAGGUUUUUUAAUUUCAUGAAAAAUGAACCCUCUUUCUCUGCCAAUACCAAAGAUCCUAAAAUUUCUGUCAAUGAAGGCUUUUGCGUUCUUCUGGUUUUGUUUCCUUAGAAUAUUUUCAUCUUACUUUGACUAUUAAUUUCGGCAAAGUCUUUCAAUAUAUUUUCGUUUAGGCCUUGAGUUUGCUGUCUACUGGUAUACAUGUGCUGUUUUAUUAUUUCUACCGGUCUUGAUGUGUUCUGAGAUUCAGCAACCUACAAUGCAUUUUGGAAGCACUCAAAUUCGUUUUUAUUUGGCAGGGAUGCAUCUUUGGUCGCAACUAUGUUUUAUAUUAAAACAGGAAGACUUUAUGAGUGAAACAGCUGUAUUGAAACAAAUUGCGCGUCUUGGACAGCUCUGCUAUUUUUGUUUCAUAUAGCCAUAGGUGUUUGAUAUAUUUCAUAUUGUUCAACUUACCGUUGCCUACAGUAAAAAAAACAGUGUCAGAUGUGUUUAAACACCCUGAAAUUAUUUGCAAAUUAGCAUUCUCUUCAAUAAGAAAAGAAUCUCAGUUAUCUUGGAACUUUCAAAUGCUGUUUCAAAAGAAAUGUAAAAGAAAUUGUUUUUUUGUUCUUAAGAAAGCCUUUCGAAAUAAAGCCCCCGUAACUUUCUUGAAUACAUUGACUCGCCAACAAUUUAAAAGAUAAUCUAAUAAAACAUGUUAAUGGCAUAUAAUAUUUUAUCUAAAUAAAGUCAAUAUAAUAAGUAGAUAAUUUAAGUACCAAAAAUGAAUAUGAUUGUGAAAAACACGACGUUUCGAGCCAGUUUGCAGAGCAUGGUCAUUUUGACAAGAUUUUGGGUGCGCAAACAGCCCGCACCUAAGUUGUGAAUGCACAAAGAAUCGUCCCAAAAUGCCAGUUGCACUAGUACUAUCAACAUUUCCAGUUUUUAUUUCAAGAGAUUUAGUUUUAGGUGCUUCUCAGCACUAUUAUAGCUGCAUCUUGGGUGCAUCUUGCACUUAGAGUGGGGAGAGAGGCGUGGGAACCAGGAGAGGUGAUCAUAUCGAGAGGUAGAACCAAGACUGAUCGAUAAGCACAGCUUCUCAGUGCUCUAAAAUUACUUUCGGGUGCUAGAUAGCCACAAAUAAAAAAAUAAAAAGCUGUGCAAUCACCAUACAUUACACACUGGAUUUCGAGCAUGUACUCGUUGUCAAGUGACUCGAAAAGCAAAUAUGAGAUAAUCCUUUGGAUAGCGCUUUGGUUAUAGUUCAACUUCUCAUCUAAUAUUCAAAACAAACAGCAAUGUUGACGAUUGAUUUUGAUGUCUAUAACACCCGAACUGGUAAAGCAUUUAAGGUCAGAAUUACUUAUUCGCUUUCUGGGAAUAAACGUGUCGAGUAGAAAACACCUUUUAUUUGAUCUUCCCGAGAGAUGCAACCAAGUUCUGCAUUAGACUGUGUAAAAUAAAGUGUCCAAUCAAGAAGCAGCCUUUUACCCAGUGAAAAUGGCUAUGAAACUCAUAAUCUGUACUUUUUUAUUGGCCAUGCAAGCAGAUUUGUUAACAGCUAUGUAUCCAUCCUUAGCCAGUUUCACUACAUGGUCGAUUAUUUUACGUUCAUGUACUUUAGGUGCUUUUCCCUAUGUCUACUUUCCAAGCGCAAAAGGGCGACUUUGUUUCCAAGCUGGCUCGUACGGAUCAUCAAUGAAAAUGACUGCAACGAGUUGUUGCUACCCAAGUAGUCGGAUUGAAUUUCAAGACAAUAACAUAUUCAUUGGCAAAAAUCUAUGUUUUGGUGGAGAUGUAAAAGAUGGCAGUACGCUAAAAGUUUUUUACCAAUCAGAGACCUGCGCUUCGUUCAAUAUUGGAGCGGAUGGCUAUCUAAAAGUACGCGACAGUUCCGGUAUGAUGUUCUGCAUGAAGGAAUUUGAGCAUGGCCCAAAGAUUCGUAAUUGUGAUGGGUCCCUGGCAAACUAUAACUUCUACAACAACGGCACCUGUCACGACAGCAAAGCCGCCUCCACGAAAAUUGCACACCUAAAAAGACUUGUGACGGUAGAUAAUUUCGUAUUGACCAAUGAUGGGAGCAAGCUUACAUUAACAGAAAGCACAAAAUCAGAUACAGCCACAACACUGCUGUGGUAUUCAAACAAAGAGUUAUACGCUCAUGUUGGUGGUGAAGAGAAGUGCUUGUAUGUUGACGAGCAAGACAAACUGUCGGAUUUGGAUGGCAAGGAUGUCAAGUAUGACAAAGACAAUAUCAAAGGAUGCAUGGGUCAAACAUUCCAAUAUCGGAGCGACAUAAAGACAUUUGAGCUAUCUGGUACAAACUAUUGUUGGAGAAACGAAGGAUCUGCCCUUAAACUGAGGCUGUGCUCUUCAGUUGUAGUGUUUUCUACAAUGUCCGCACAGUGGAAUACAGGGACAACAUCUGUUUUGCAACUCAAGUCGUCUUCAAUAGAGACGUCAAUGACGUCAUCAUUGAAGUCAAACAUGAUGUCUUCAAUGACCUCCAAUGUGAUGUCAUCAAUAACUUUGCGCGUGACGUCAUCAGUGAUAUCGUCUGCUAUGUCUUCAGUUGCUUCACAAAAACUAUCAUUUACCCUAUCCCCUGAAUUGUCUUCAAAAUAUUCAUCUGUUUUCUCACCUAUAUCAUCAAAGUUAUCAACGCGGCCGACUUCGUCAAUGUUCUUUAAAACAUCCACUUCAUCUCCUGUGCAUACCUUAAGUUUGAACAGUGUUUCUUCGCACUCUCUGUCGACUUGGUUACCUUUGAGCAGAAUGCAGUCAGUCUUAUCAAGUACAAAACAAUCUAAUUCAGGACUGGUACCUGGUUCAUCCACAACGAAACUCGUAAAUUUAAAACCAUCUGACAUAAGCGAAGGAACAAGCAUAGGAUACACCGUAUCAAAUCGAGGAUCAACUCUUAGCACUCAGAUUUUAGACAGCUCUUCUGUGAAUAUUUUACCACUUCCGGCUGGAUCAAAAUCAUACAAAACUACUUCAUUUUUAAUACAACCAACAAAAUCGAGUGGUAUAUCAGCCUCAACUUCAUCAGCCAAACCGCAAGUUGAAAAAAUUUACCACAAUUUAUAUCUGGCCAAUCCAGGACAGCAAUGUGAAGAAUUUUGCCGAUCUAACAAAAUGUACUGCUCGUCACAAAUUGACACUGGAAAUACAAACGAUGGGUUCUUGAGUAACGGAGUAUCGUGUAGCUCUGAUGGUGCCAGAAAGCAAUGGACGAAUACAUUUGAUCCUUUCUAUAACACAAGCAAUGGAGCUUGCUAUGGAUAUCUAUUCGUGAACAGAACUGUUCCUUGCUACAUUGAAAAUUUAGCAGAUAGAAAUGUCAGAAGGCUUUGCAGAUGUGUCAAAAAUGCUGAUGAAGACCAUUUCAGCCCAUGGAUGCCUUGGUCGAAAUGCACAGCAUUAUGCAACAUAGGAAAGCAAGAAAGACAAAGAAUAUGCAAUGAAUUUCCGUGUAAUGCAGAAAGUCUCGAAACAAGAGAAUGCAACAAUCAGCCCUGCCCUGUAAAUGGUGGAUUCUCUGAUUGGUCAGUUUGGUCCGGGUGCAGUAAGUCAUGUGGUGGAGGCAACAGGAACCGCACGCGGUCGUGCAGCAAUCCGGUACCAGAAUAUGGAGGAUUAGACUGCUUUGGGGAUAAGCUGCAAAUUGCUGUGUGCAAUGUCGGUUACUGUCCGGUUGAUGGUACAUGGACAAAAUGGACAGAAUGGUCAGCCUGUGACAAGCCUUGCAAUGGUGGUUGGUAUAGGAGAUGGAGAUACUGUACCAACCCGGCACCACUUUACGGGGGACAAAGCUGUGAUGGCGACUCACAAGAAAGAGUUCCUUGUAACCCACAUACUUGCCCAGCUGAAAACAUUACAGCAGUUAAUGUGCGGUUUGAUAAAGUAUGGAAAAAAGAACUGGGAAUUACUGGCUCCAGAGAGUACCAAGAGUUUUACAACCUGCUGAAGACAAAUCUUCUUUCACUGUAUCAGGAUGAAUCUUUCAACAGAUCGUACCUAGAUUGCUCAAUCAACACCCUAAGCAAUGGGAGCAUUGUGGCAACAUUUACACUGUACUUUACUGGUCUCGACUCAUUCCAGAUGCUUUUGUUGCAAGAUGCGGUAAAGGAAGACAAAUACAUUGGCAAGCUUAAAAUCCUGAGCUCCAAUGAUUCUCUAACAUCAACUCUUGUUCCAUCUGCGUCGCCAAUCAACUUUACGUUGAGUGCUCCUGAACCUAACAUGGUCAUGGCAAAGUGGGAACGAGUUGCCACUAACCACCGUAAUGGAAACAUAACUGGCUACAUACUGUUUUAUAAAGAAAAGCUCCUCAGAGCAGAGCACUACCAAAGCAUUGCAACCACAAACCUUACAGUGACUUUAAGAGGCCUUCUGUCAUACACCGAAUACAUGUUUCGUGUCCUCGCUUACAACGAAAACGGAAAUGGACUGGCGAGUGAUGCAAUGACAAUUUUCACGCAAGAUUCAGUACCAAGUACACCUCCACAGAAUGUUCAAGCAAUUGCAAACUCACCGUUCACUGCUAUCGUAAACUGGGAGAACCUCGAACAAAAUCAAUGGAAUGGCAAUCCAGUUGGCACACUAAUAAUUUACGUUGACUUAAAGGGACAGAAAGCCAAUCAAACUGUCCCUUUUCCAGAGUCUUUUGCUAAGAUAGGAGAUCUUCAUCCGAUGACAGCUUACUUGAUUGACGUGUGCGCAGUGACCAGAAAAGGAGCUGGACCUUGUCGAAGAGUCCAAGCAACCACGUUAGCAACUCCACCAACCAGAUCCCCAAGUAACAUAAUGAUUGCAAGUUUGAUGAGCCACAAUUCAAUCCAAGUAUCAUGGCAAAGACUCAGCUCUGAAUAUGUUUAUGGAGAUUUAAAAGGGUACAAGGUCAUCUAUCGAUUAGUGAAACUAGGAGGCAAUGUCAUUGCUUCUUCAAAGAAAGAGACUAAAAUCAUCCAUCCUUCUUUGACUCAAGCCACUUUAUCUGAAUUGCAACCAAAUGCACAGUACACUUUCAACGUUCUUGCAUUCAAUCAACAUGGAGAUGGAAAAAUGUCGGAGACAUUUACUGGAGAUACCUGUCCCUGUCCAGAGGUGAUCUAUACAAAUUUUGCUGCAAGUUCUCCAUACAUGUUUAGAGACAAAAAUGGAGAGAUUAAAGGACUUAUUGCUAGUAUUCUAAAGAACAUGACGUCCUCUGUCUGUGGAACAUGUAAACGAGCGCCAAUGAGUGUUUUGAGUUUUAAAAGCAAUGGAAAGAAUGGCUGGGCAGAGAAAAGAUCAAUUAAGGAGAUGAAGAUGGACAUUGAUGAUUAUGUUCAUAUGAGUUUUCCUAUUUUCGGCAACAGCGAGCUGGAUCUGUACAAUGGAUACGCUUUUGUUCCUCUCUUCAGCCAUCCUGGCGUGAUAUACUUCAUUAUCAAAGAUACCCUGGCUGAACAAAUUCGAGGAAUGAUACUAAAUGUACUAAACACCUGGCCAAUAUUCUUAAUCAACAUGCUAUUAAUUAUCCUGUCAGGAUUUUGCAUAUGGAUAUGCGAUUGGAAGUCCAAUGCAGAUGAAAUUCCACACGGCUUUUUUACUGGCAUUGCUAAUGGUUUUUAUUGGUCUUAUGUAACAAUGGGAACGCAUGGAUAUGGUGAUAUCACACCGAAAGGCAUCUUGGCCCGGCUAUAUGCUGUUGUUUGGAUUCUUAUAGGCAUCAUUAAUCUUGGCAUUCUGACUGGUGCCUUGACCACAGCAAUGACUGUUGCGCAAGUCUAUGAUAGCUCUAUGAUUUACAAUGUUAAGGUUGCUGCAGUUCAGGGUUCUGAAGCAUACAGAAUUGGUUUACAUAGAAAUGGAAGGGUUAAUGAAGAAAAUCAAUACAAGACAAUCGAAGAAGUGUCAUCUGCCUUAAAGAGGAGAGAAGUGAGAGGUGCCUUGGUUGAUGUUUACUCGGCAGCAAUGCGUAGUGACCUAUUCAACCACCCUGACAUUGUCGCCAAGAAGAGGGUUGUGUAUCCUAAUGCAUAUGGGCUUGUGCUUACUGGUGAAUUGAAGAAUGCUGCUUCUGCGUUCAGAGAUUACCUUAAUGUUAACGUAGACAAAUUUCUCGAGGAUACAAGGAAAAGAGCAGCUGGCUUAGAGGUAAAUAAAGAAACUGGGGAUACGGUUGCAGUUUUUGAUCCCGAAUCUGAAGUUUUUCAAAAGACCCUGUUGGGCCUUUUUGCUGGCCUAGUCAUUUGUUUUCUAAUUGGGGCCUUGAGCAACUUCUACAAAUCUUCGAAGACAAAGUCAUUCAUAGCGACUGAGACCUCCCCAAGUUUCAAACUGGUCGAGGAUAUCUGCAAUAGCAGUCUACUAGAACUGCGAAGAUCAUUCAAAGAAAAACUCGACAUUCUUGAGAAGAUGCAACUUGAUGAGCGGAUAAAGAGGCAUAACUUGGCAAAGCCGUCUAAAUACUUACUAUCCACGGUGAACUGCAAAGAGCGAAGGUCAAGUUUGUUUGCUGAAAAAGAAACAAAUGUGGAAAGCAUUGCUUGCACUUGCGAUGAAAACUAUGGACAUGCUGAAGUAGAUAAACCCAAUGCAAGAACUUAAGAGGAGAAGCCCCGAUCAAAACACGUCAUUGUGGCCUACCGUUCUCUCAUCAAGUUCCAAUCUUUUUUGUGAAUGGAACAGUGGUUUUGUACAAUCAAUAACAUUGAGCACAUCUAAAUUACCUAAUAUCGCAUUAUUUUCAACCGUACACUCACUUUUUUAUAAGAAACAAAGGGCGAUGUUGAGUACUCCGGUUCCUUAAUGUUCUGGAAAUUUCAAUACUCAUUGUUUCUUAAGAGUUUCCUAAUUAUAAUGUCACGAAUGAUGGUAUGAAAUGUUCGUGACCUUUUCUUUCAUGAGAUUCACUUCCGUUCUUAUGCUGACGUGGGAAGUAUAUUUUUAUCCCUUGCGUCUUAAGUUCUAGGCCAUCAGGGCAAUCAUGUUCUUAUAUUUUACAAAAUUUCGUUGUUCUCAGUUUUAUCAUGUUUCAAUAGUUUCUUAAUUUUUUUGCUUCGAGUAUUGAAGUUUCUUAAUAUUUUCUGACUGUCCUGUACUCGUUUCUUAUAGCCAGUUUAUUAUAAAAAAAUUGAGUGUAUUCUGAAGAUGCUCGACAACUUUAGUGAAUGGAUCACUUAGGCCCUUUAAUUUUCAAUAGGUCGAAAGCCUUUUUAGCCUUUUUUGUGAUGUUUCAGGCCACAUUCAAUCAUUCUACAAUGCGCCUUAGUUGACCAAUAGAAGUUACCUGAGGUCAGUUUCCAAUAGCUUCUGGUAUUUUCAAUGAAUUCUCUUAUCAAUCAAAUCUUUGGUGGUACAGUUAUACAAAGUGGCUAUGUAAAUAACAAAAUUUUAAAGCAUGUCCAAGUUUUUCGUCUGAUACUCUUCAGAAGGUAAAACUUCAGAAUAUUGAUCGAAGAUUCUAAGCAAGGAAAGAUGCAUCAUGUAGCCAAAAGGAGUAGGCAGUAUAAGAACUCUAAUUGGCUUAUUUCGAUCAACAACUUGGUAUAUAUAUUUCCUAACUUAGAACUUUCGAUCUUUAUACUAUGAAGAGUGUCAAAAAAAUGUCUUAAAAUGUUUGCUUUUUCAAGGCAAUUUUAGAUAUUUUAUUUCUUUUCAAGCUUUUAUCGUGAAGAGACUAGUAGCCUAUUGCUAACUAUCUUUGUACAGAGAGAGCUGACAUACUUGCAAAAGUUUUUAUCAUCAAUAUUAGUUACCUCGAAUACGAAAUUUUCGCUAUUAUUGCUUCACGGCUCCCAAAAGCCUAUUCAAAGGCUAAUGCUAUCGUGCGCCGUCCGUAUUAAUAAGGUGGAACAUUUUGCAAUUUUAAACAAGACAGAUAUUUCCACAGUAGGUUACUACUGGCUGCUGACAUAUACUUUUGCCAAAGGUUCUAUUGAUGGCAUAAUGUAUGUUGUAGAUUUUGAUGAAAUGUGAGGUACAGCACUUAUGCUGUAUAUGAACGAUAUUAUAUGGAAAAACAACUCGAUCGGAUAUAUCUGCUGAUCAGGGGGCAAAAGGGAGGGUAAUAACAAAGAACACACUUGCUGUGAAUUGUCAGCUGCAAGUUCU